GAGCGGGCGCUCCCCGAGGGCUCGGCUGAGGCGCAACAUGGCGGCGCUGGCCGGUUGCUGAGCGCUCGGCGCCCGCGGUGUCGCGACAGGUGACCGAGGCGGCGGUCGCAGGGAAGCAGCGGCAGGCGGACCGAGAAGGGGGAAGCCGAUAGGGCGAGGCGGAGAAGAGCGGAAGAAGGUGGCGGGGCCGGUUCGGGCCCCAGGGUGGAGGAGGCGAUGGCCCAGUGCGUGCAGUCGGUGCAGGAGUUCAUCCAGGACUCGUUCGUGCCCUUGGUGGCCGCGCUGUGCAGCGAGGAGGCGGAAAAGCUCACCCGCAAGAACAACCUGAGCUUCGCCGAGCUAGUGAAGCCCUUUUGCCGCCUCACCUCGGAAGUUCACAUGAGAGAUCCUAAUAAUCAGCUCCACAUAAUUAAAAAUCUGAAGAUUGCUGUCAACAACAUUAUUACUCACCCACCUCAGCCCGGUGCCAUUCGAAAACUCCUCAGUGAUGUUGUGUUUCUCACUCAGCCUGCUGAAGGACUAGUAGCUAAUGUGAUCACAGCUGGAGACUAUGACCUCAACAUUAGUGAUCACUCAGUUAAAGCUAGUGUUCCUUGGUACAGUAAUUGGAAAGAGACACUGAUGGAACUGAACACAUCCACGUGUUAUUCAGCUACUACUCCUUGGUUUGAGUCUUACAGAGAAUGCUUUCUUCAGUCCAUGCCUGCAUCGGAUCACGAGUUCUUGAACCACUAUGUUGCAUGUAUGCUUGUAGUUUCUUCUAGUGAACCAGAGCCUGUGGAGCAAUUUCUGAAGCUGUCUCAAGAGCAACAUCGAAUUCAACAUAGCAAUGAAUAUUUAUAUCCUAAGUGGUUUAUCCCAAACACACUCAAAUAUUAUGUGUUGCUGCACGAUGUAAGCACAGGAGAAGAGCAAAGAGCUGACUCCAUUUAUGAAGAGAUGAAGCAGAGGUAUGGAACUCAGGGUUGCUAUUUACUGAAAAUUAAUUCUCGGGUGUCCAACAGAGGAACAGAUGAACAGAUACCAGAUCCUUGGAGUCAGUACCUUCAGAAAAACACUCUCCAGAACCAGGAUUGCUAUGAAGAUGGUCCUUAUACUGUCAUUUCAAACAAGAGCACUGAUCACUUGAUAUCAGAUGGUUUAGACAGUGAAAUUAAAGAUGGCCUGCCAAAUAACUUUAAAACUCACCCCCUUCAACUGGACCUUCCCAGCAGCAGUUUGGAAAGCACUGAUUGCCCAAAGGCUGCUGUGUCACUGCAGGACUCAAAGAAAUCCAAUUCUGGGACACCUCGUGGGGCUUGCUUAACACUAACGGAUCAUGAUCGAAUUAGGCAGUUCAUACAGGAGUUCACCUUCAGGGGACUCCUGCCACAUAUUGAGAAGACAAUUCGGCAACUCAAUGAUCAGUUGAUAUCCAGGAAGGGCUUGAGUCGAUCACUGUUUUCUGCUACUAAAAAAUGGUUUAGUGGCAGCAAGGUUCCAGAGAAAAGCAUAAAUGAACUGAAGAACACUUCUGGUUUGCUGUAUCCCCCAGAAGCACCAGAGCUUCAAAUCCGGAAAAUGGCAGACUUGUGCUUUUUGGUUCAACACUAUGAACUUGCCUAUAGCUGUUACCAUACAGCAAAGAAAGACUUCUUAAAUGAUCAGGCAAUGCUUUAUGCAGCUGGAGCACUGGAAAUGGCAGCAGUGUCAGCUUUUCUUCAGCCUGGAGCUCCUAGACCGUAUCCUGCUCAUUACAUGGAAACAGCAAUUAAAACUUAUCGAGAUACCUGCAAGAACAUGGUCCUGGCUGAACGCUGUGUGCUGCUUAGUGCUGAAAUCUUAAAAAGUCAAAGCAAAUACUCAGAGGCAGCUGCUCUUCUGAUUGGUCUGACCAGUGAGGAUUCAGAUCUUCGCAGUGCACUUCUGCUGGAGCAGGCAGCCCAUUGCUUUAUAAACAUGAAAAGUCCCAUGGUUAGGAAGUUUGCAUUUCAUAUGAUACUGGCUGGCCAUAGAUUUAGUAAAGCAGGCCAGAAAAGACAUGCCUUACGUUGCUACUGCCAAGCCAUGCAGGUUUACAAAGGGAAGGGCUGGUCUCUUGCAGAAGACCACAUCAACUUCACCAUUGGGCGCCAGUCUUUUACACUCUGUCAGCUUGACAAUGCUGUGUCUGCCUUCAGGCAUAUCUUGAUCAAUGACAGCAAACAGCCUCCAGCUCAGCAAGGAGCUUUCUUAAGAGAAUAUCUUUAUGUUUAUAAGAAUGUAACCCAGCUAUCACCUGAUGGUCCCUUACCACAGCUUCCUUUACCAUACAUCAACAGCUCAGCAACUCGGGUUUUCUUUGGGCACGAUCGACGACCAGCAGAAGGUGAAAAGCAGGCAGCUACACAUGUAAGCCUGGAUCAGGAGUAUGACUCUGAAUCAUCCCAGCAGUGGAGGGAGCUUGAGGAGCAGGUUGUUUCUGUGGUAAACAAAGGGACACUACCUUCGAACUUCCAACCAACGCAGUUCUGUUUAAAUCGCUACUCGGAUAACUCCAGAUUUCCACUUGCUGUGAUAGAAGAGCCAAUAACUGUAGAAGUGUCCUUCCGAAACCCUCUGAAAGUUCCACUUCUCUUAACUGACCUGUCACUGCUGUGGAAAUUUCAACCUAAAGACUUCAGCACAAAGCACGGUGGAGAAACAAAAGAGCUGGGAGCAUGUGAUGAUGAUAUGAUAGGAACUGAAGCAAUAGCAGAGUUCUUAAUUAACAGUGAGGAAACGAAAGUGGCAAGACUAAAGCUCUUUCCCCAUCAAACAGGGGAGCUACAUAUUCUGGGAGUCGUUUAUAAUCUUGGCACUGUUCAGGGUGCUGUGACAUCAGAUGGGAUAGAUCCUUCUGUUGGAUCACAGACAGGGAAGUUUGUUGCCAAUGGGUUGUCUGUAAGAGGACGACAAGACUUAGAAAUCCAAGGGCCUCGACUUAAUAACACAAAAGAGGAAAAGACCUCUAUUAAAUAUGGACCAGAUCGGCGUUUAGACCCCAUCAUUACAGAAGAAAUGCCUUUGUUGGAGGUGUUCUUUAUAAAUUUUCCUACAGGUCUUCUCUGUGGAGAAAUCAGAAAAGCCUAUGUAGAGUUUGUGAACGUAAGCAAGUGUCCUCUAACGAUGCUGAAGGUGGUGUCCAAGCAUCCAGAGUUUUUUACCUUUGGUGGAAACACUGCUGCCCUAACACCACUGAGCCCUUCCGCUUCUGAGAACUGUAGUGCUUACAAGACUGUUGUGACAGAUCCUACCUCUGUGCAUACAGCACUGCUCUCCUCAGCUUCUUCCUUAGACUUUGGGGUUGGCACAGGAGCUCAGCCUGAAGUAAUAAACGUCCCACUUCCUGAUGCUGUUCUUCUUCCUGGGGCUUCGGUGCAGCUGCCAAUGUGGUUACGGGGACCAGAUGAAGAAGGUGUUCAUGAAAUUAACUUUUUGUUUUACUAUGAAAGUAUCAAAAGGCACUCAAAAAUGUGUCAUAGAGUAUUAAGGCACACUGCAGUUAUUUGCACUAGCCGGUCUCUGCAUAUUCGAGCAACUGCCUGCAGAAGUAAUGCACUUGAAGAUGAAGAAGGCAGAGGGGACAAUAUGUUGGUGUUUGUGGAUGUAGAAAAUAUCAACACAAGUGAAACUGGUGUUAAAGAAUUCCAUAUAGUGCAAGUUUCAAGUAAUAGCAAGCACUGGAAGCUUCAGAAGUCUGUUAACAUCUCUGAAGACAAAGAUACUAAACUUUCUAGCAGAGAGAAAGCGAAGUUAUGCUUUAAAGCAGUGAGAUGCAAAAACUCAGAAGAAAAUUACACCUUUGCAGACAUUGUCUUUGGAAAUGAACAGAUAAUAAGCUCAGCCAGUCCUUGUGCAGACUUUUUGUUUCAAAGCUUGUUCUCUGAAUUUAGAAGAACACAUGUGCAAUCUCAUCCUCAUGGAUCUCAAAGGGCUGCCAAGCAAUCAUUUGAUGAGACAGUCAGAUUAAUACAGAGAUGCAAUGAAGUCGAUUUGAACGUUGUUGUGCUGUGGAAGGCCUAUGUUGUGGAAGACAACAAACAGCUUAUUUUGGAGGGCCAGCAUCAUGUUGCCCUUAACACAGUUGGGAAGGAGGCUCUAUCCUUUCCUCAGAAGCAGGGAUUUAAAAAAAUACUCGGGAGUUCUGAUUGGGAGGACUUGGAACAGGAAUUACCGGAAACGGUUCUCUUAAAGUUUUUUCGACCAGAAAGCACAGCAGUACCUGCAAGACCAACCCCAGAGCAGCUUUCUAAUCUUAUCAAGACAAGUCUUCAUUAUCCAGAGUCCUUCAGUCAUUCUUUUCAUCAAAAGAGCCUCUGCCUGGUACCUGUCACUCUCCUGCUUUCCAAUUGUUCCCAGGCUGUUGUAGAUGUAAUGAUUGAUUUGAGACAUAAAACAACAAGCCCAGAAGCACUAGAAAUCCACGGAUCUUUCACAUGGCUUGGGCAAACGCAGUACAGGCUCCAGCUGAAAAGCCAGGAGGUCUGUAGCCUGCAGCUGAAGGCUUGCUUCGUCCACACAGGUGUCUACAACCUCGGAACCCCCAGAGUAUUUGCCAAGUUAGCGGACCAAGCGACUCUGUUUGAAACGAGUCAGCAGAACUCCAUGCCUGCACUGAUCAUCAUCAAUAAUAUCUGACCACUUCCCCUAAAAGAUGACACUUAAAUCAAUGGGAUUCUUUUCUCCUGGUGACAUUUUGCUGCAGUUUUUGGAAAUAGCACCUCAAACACCUAACUUGUUACUAAAGGUCGUGUAGGAAAGCAAAUAGCAAACUUCAGACUGCUUUGUCGGUUUGUUUCUCAAUGCAACGCACGUUGGACUGAAAUAAAUUUAUCCUUUUGUAACGUAUUUCUUCUCUGGUAAUUGAGAUCUUCAUAACACAAAAUACUCAACAACUCCAAAUCUGAACACGUUUGUAUGUCCUAUGCCCUGUCAAAACCACGACUUGGCUGCUGUUACAACUUCCAGCAUGGUGUGUUAAUAUUUGUGGCUGUAUGAGGAUGUGGUUCAGGAAGAGAAGCCCUCAUUGGCUUCUUCCUGUCUGAAGCCGUUAAUCAUGGUAAAUCCCAACCCUACUGUAAAGUUCAAUAAGGUGUUUCAAACCCACUUCUGUUCCUCAGUUCUUCAGGUUGAAGCUUUUUUUUUUUGUUUUGAGCUUUCAUGUUUAUGGAAACCUUUCAGGGUUUACAUACAAGUCCCACCUAAGGUUGUUUCAGAACUUCCUUUGACCAGUUUUGAGUAUUUUUCUCAUUCAUCUCACCACAGAAUGCACUAUUUGGCAGCCAUGGGAUUGUCAUUCAAAUUGUCACUUGCUUUAUGAUGUAACUAUACAACUGAUCUGUUUUAAACAAGGAAUAAAGAAGAAAUCUACUCCAGAUUUUCAAGAAAUGUAUUAUAUUUAUAACAAAUGUACUGUAAAUAGAAUAAAACAGACACCAUAUUCAUGAUGGA